AUGGCCUCCCGGAGCCUGGGGGGCCUGAGCGGGAGCCGCUGCGGGGGCGGCGGCGGCGGCAAGAAGAGCCUGAGCGCCCGCAAUGCUGCGGUGGAGAGGAGGAACCUGAUCACGGUGUGCAGGUUUUCAGUGAAGACCCUGAUUGAUCGGUCCUGCUUUGAGACAAUUGAUGAUUCUUCUCCUGAAUUUAACAAUUUUGCAGCUAUUUUGGAACAGAUUCUCAGUCACCGGCUAAAAGGUCAAGUAACCUGGUUUGGUUAUGAAAGUCCUCGUAGCUUCUGGGACUAUAUCAGAGUGGCUUGCCGGAAGGCUUCACAGAAUUGUAUCUGCAGCAUUGAAAAUAUGGAAAAUGUCAGUUCCUCUAGAGCUAAGGGUAGAGCCUGGAUUAGAGUAGCACUCAUGGAAAAACAUUUAUCUGAAUACAUCUCUACAGCUCUGAGAGACUUCAAAACAACCAGGCGAUUUUAUGACGAUGGAGCAAUUGUCUUGGGCGAGGAAGCAAAUAUGCUUGCUGGCAUGCUGCUUGGACUCAAUGCCAUUGAUUUCAGCUUCUGCCUCAAGGGAGAGGGAUUGGAUGGAAACUUUCCUGCUGUAAUAGACUACACACCAUAUUUGAAGUUUACCCAGAGUUCUGAUAGUAUCAGCAGUGACGAGGAAGAACUGAGGACUUUGGGAAGCAGUGGUAGUGAAAGCAGCACUCCAGAGAAUGUCGGGCCUCCUUUCAUCAUGGAUGAGAAUAGUUGGUUCAACAAGUGUAAGAGAGUUAAACAAAAGUAUCAGCUAACCCUGGAACAGAAGGGUUAUCUUGAAGAACUCUUACGACUUAGAGAGAACCAGCUGUCUGAAUCUGUCUCCCAGAAUAAAAUACUGCUUCAAAGGAUUGAAGAUUCUGAUCUGGCCCAUAAACUGGAAAAGGAACAAUUAGAAUAUAUAAUUGUGGAGCUUCAAGAUCAGCUGACUGUGCUAAAGAAUAAUGAUUUAAGAUCAAGACAAGAGUUAACUGCCCACCUCACCAACCAGUGGCCUUCCCCAGGAGCUCUGGAUGUCAAUGCUGUUGCCUUGGAUACGUUGCUUUACCGAAAACACAAUAAACAGUGGUAUGAAAAAAGUUAUCAAAGUCUUGACCAGUUAUCAGCUGAAGUUAGCCUUUCUCAGACUUCGCUGGAUCCAAGUCAUUCACAAGAAGGAGAUGGAAAACAAGACACAUUAAAUUUAAUCACUGAAGGUAAAGAAGAUACUCCCUCAUUACUCGGUCUCUGUGGGUCUCUAACAUCAGUGGCAAGUUACAAAUCACUAACAAGUCUCAAAUCUAAUGACUACCUUGCAAGUCCCACAACAGAGAUGACAAGUCCAGGCCUAACUCCAUCCUGAAAAAUUUUAUGUAAAAGCCAGAAGUUUUUAUGUUGCAAAUGUUCUAUUUACAUAAGUUUGACUGCUGGGGAAAACCUUUGGAAUUUUAUAUUGUUCUGGCACAUGUAUGGAAUUCUAUUGCUUCUUUUAGAGAAUUCAGUCUAUUCCAUGUGCCCUUCUGAGUGAAAAAAAAUGAUCCUGCCAUUUUCAUUUUAAGAUUCUUACAUUUGUCACUGAGGAAGUUUAAAUAUGAAUAGGCUUAAAAAACUUUCAAAUAUCCUUUAAAUUAAUAACCCAUUGUAAACGGUGAUGUAUAUUUAUUAUUUAGCUGAUUUUCAUGUAUUUAAAUGCAUCAUCAUUGCCAGGCUGAGUUGAAGGUUUUAUUCUAGAGACAUAUAA